AUGGCAGAGGAAUCUGCUGUCAAAGUCUGUGUACGGGUUCGACCUCUGAUAGAAAGGUGAGUCUAUUUUCUAAACUUUUUAAAUAUAGUUAGCUGGCUUACUAGCUAACGUUAGUAAAGAAGAAUCUAGCAAUUGUGAGUAACAUUAGCUAGCUAGUUAGCUCUGGCAGCUAGCUAAUUCAUCUAACGUUAGCUAGCAAGCUAACAAAGCCAACGUUGGAUAAUGUUAUGGUUUAUGUCAGCUACAUUAUAUAAUAACUGUUAAUUGAUCAAGUUGAGAAAUUGGCUUACAAGUUAACGUUGCCUAGCUUUAUCUGUGGAUAUCUGUCUAACGUUGUUUAUCUUCGUCGUAGGGAGGAAACUCCUGCAGAAAGUGCCGAGCCAGUCAAGUUGUAUUGGAAAACUGAUAAGCAGACAAUUCAUCAGGUUGAUGAUGGAAAUUUUACCAAGAACUUCAGUUUCGGUGAGCUUUCACAAAGGCGAGGAUGAAUGUUGUCUGUCAAACUGUCUGAACGUGCAGGCAAUAAUCACAUCUGUGUAUGAUUUGUUUCCCUGACAGACCGUGUAUUUAGUGCUGAAGAAACAACUCUGCAGCUGUACCAGGAACUUGCAAAGCCUCUUGUUGUCUCCACUGUUGAAGGUUAUAAUGGUAAGGAAGGGAUUGUGAACAAGUGCAAUACUUUAUCUUCUAGAUUAUAGUAUUUUGACUAUAUAACACUAUAUGAACACUAUUUAGUAACAAUAAUUGUAUUUGAAAUCUCUAUUGGGUUGACUUGUUUGUUGACAUUAUAUAUAUAUAUAUAUUAAGUGGCAUACAUUUAUUUUCUCAGGAACAAUAUUCGCUUAUGGACAAACUUCUUCUGGAAAGACUUUCACUAUGAUGGGGAGUUCUCUUACUCCAGGAGUUAUACCCCUUGCCAUGGAGGAUGUCUUCCAGACUAUAAAAAAUGUGAGUAGUAGAUUGUUUAUUUUCUAUCACAUGCAUGUGUUUUAUAGUGUUGUAAGUGUUUGCUUUCAUUUUUACUUUAGUGUCCAAAAAAGGAGUUCCUCCUGAGGGUGUCAUACUUGGAGAUCUACAAUGAAACAGUGACAGAUUUGCUCUGUGACAGUUGGAAAAGGAAACCUCUAGAAAUCCGAGAGGGGAACAAUGUAAGUUUGAUGGAGACAUUGUAAGACAAUAGAACUGUGUUAGACAAUAGGAUGUAUUCAUUACACCGAUUCUGUUGGGGAAAAACGUUUCUCAAACUGAACGCAACAGGGACGGACCUACCUAACGCUAACUAUCUUUAGCGCCUAUUGACGAUAGUUUCUUCUGGCCGGGGGAGUUUUGUUAAGAGCCCCAACGCUCGUUCUGAACGUUAACGCAUUGCUUGCAGUACAGUUUUGGAAACAUAAGGAACAUAGCUUUCAUAUCAGGAAAAAAAAUAAGGUUAAAUUACUACACACCUUUUUAGGGUUAGUGUUCCCACACGGCCACAUCUCCAUGUUACAGCACUUGUUUAUGGAAGACAGACAAGGCAUAGGCCGUCACCUGUGCUAAGUGGCUAUGCGUGCUCCGAACACCUGUGUAAGCUAACUGGGGAGGAAGUGUACUUCAUCAACUGGAGGCACACAGCAUAUUGAUCUGUGCAAAACUGCUUCAGUAGGUGUAUCUUUUUAUUUGAAAGAUUAUUUCUCGCUGAUAUAAAAGAUAAGGGACAUAUCAGCAUAUUUUGAAAACCGUUUUGCAAGCGACGAUUAUCGACGUUUCCAGACAUUAAAACACAGCGUCAUAAUUGUAGCUCACCUCCAGAUAAGGUUUUUCGAGAGCUAGGACCCAACUGAAUUUCUCCAAUAGAAACUCUUGUUUUAGUUGCAAAACGUUUUGCAACUGUUUGGACUAAUGUUUACACCCCUGGUGUUUUGAAUGGUGGAAUAAAUGGUGAAAUGCCUGUCUUUGCAGAAAAACGUCUAUGUAGCUGACCUAACAGAGGAGCUGGUGACAUCUCCUGAGCAAGCCCUUGCUUGGAUUAGAAAAGGAGAAAGUAAAAUACUCUUCCUUAUUUCAACCAUCAUGCUAGAUUAAGUAUAAUCUAUGUAUUGCUUGAAUAACAUACUGACACUAUUCUAUUUGAUGUUAAAUGUAUCCCCUAGAGAAUCGCCAUUAUGGAAAGACAAAAAUGAACCAGCGAAGCAGUCGUUCACACACAAUUUUCCGCAUGGUGAGACACUUUAUUAUACAUCACAAUAGACAAUGCAUUUCUGGUAUCUGUGUGCUGGAGAUAAUUCUGAUGUUUUUUUCUCAGAUCUUGGAGAGUCGUGACAGGGGUGACUCUGCAUCCGGUGAAAAUUCAGACGGAGCCAUUAUUGUGUCCCAUUUGGUAAGCUGCCACAGUCAAGUGUGUUUUGUGACCUCAGAUAUGUGUCCUCCAUUUUGUUCUUACAAGUAAUUUCAUUCAUUUUAAUGUAGAAUUUGGUUGACCUGGCUGGGGCUGAGCGAGCUAGUCAAACAGGUGCUGAAGGUAAGUGGUUUCAUACCUGUGAUAUAUGGGAAUCUGAACAACCUUUGUUUGGUGGUCGAUUUCAGUUGCUUGUGGUAUUUUGUGACUUUUGACAUCUGAUAUUUUAGGUACACGUUUCAAAGAAGGAUGUAAUAUAAAUCGCAGCCUGUUCACACUCGGUCAAGUGAUCAAGAAACUGUCUGAUGAAACCCAGAAGUAGGUGUUAGUGACUUAUACUUUUUUUUGUUAAACUUAUGCUAUUUGUUGAAUGUUCACUAAUGUCAUUUUAUCCAAACAUUCAGGGGUUUCACUAACUACAGGGACAGUAAACUCACCCGCAUCCUCCAAAAUUCCUUGGGUGGAAAUGCAAAAACUGUCAUCAUCUGCACCAUCACCCCAGUUACUCUGGAAGAAACACUUAGCACUCUUCAAGUGGGUGACUUUUUUGUCAGACUUCCAUAUUAAAUCCUUAUUUUAAAUGUUUAAUAUCAGACAAAUGUUACAUUCUUAUCUAAUCAAGUUACUGCCCAUCUCUACAAUCUAGUUUGCUAGUGCAGCAAAGAACAUGAAGAAUGACCCGCAUGUCACAGAGGUUUCUGAUGACGGAGCCCUUCUGAGAAGAUACAGAAAUGAAAUUGUUGACCUCAAGCGCCGACUUCAUGAGGCAAGUCUAGCUGUACCGGCUAUUGGGGUUCUUUAGAAAUAUUGCCGGCUCUCCUUCAAGUAUUUGUAAAUAAAUAAAAAAUACUUUUUUUUCACUACCUUAGGUCUCCUCAGUCACUCAAACAACCGCGACAGAGAAGGAGACUCUGUCCCAGAUUUUGCAAGAGAAGGAUCAGCUCCAAAGAGAACAAGAGGACCGGAUUAAGAAUUUAACCAAACUUCUAGUCACUUCGUCAAACUUCGUUACCAUCAAAAAGGUAGACUUUUAG